GUUGUAAUGAAUGCAAUGCUUUGAGCGCCAAAUGAAUGGUUGUGUUGAAUGUCAGCCAUUAUUACGCUUUAAAUGCAUUGAAAUGUUUUGUUUGUAUGUUUGACACAAUCGAUGACACAAUAAGACUUUGAUUGUCAUUUAGUGACAGUUUGUCUCACAUUUGUCUCUCAUUUAAUGGUUUUAUUGAUUUGUUUGAUCACAAGUUGUGUGUAAAGAGAUGUCCACUUUAACCGUCGAUAAGGACGCCUUUUUCCGACGCGUCCGGCAUUUGUAUAACUCAUGGAAAAACAAUGAAGAUAAUUUGGAAAAUAUUGGUAAAGUGGAUGCAAUUGUUGUAAUCUUAGGUCAAGAUCAGGAUGUAGUCUACAGUAAGAGUUUGUCGCUACAGACGUGGCUCUUUGGCUAUGAAAUGACAGAUAUAAUGAUGGUUUUCUGUCACCAAUCUAUUCAUGUGUUGGCCUCUAAAAAGAAAGUGGAUUUCUUAAAGUUAAUUGAAUCGAGUAAAGAAAACGAAGAAUCUGUUCCACCGAUUACUCUAUUAGUUCGCGAUAAGUCUGACAAAGACGCGGCAAACUUUGAAACAUUGCGGACAGCGAUCGCAAAGUCCAGAAACGGAAAAAUAAUCGGAGAAUUUAGUAAAGAUAAGUUCAGCGGAGAGUUUGUCGAUGAAUGGAAAAAAGUAUUCAACGCACAGAACUACGAAACAUUGGAUAUGAGUAACGCAUUGGCAUAUAUAAUGGCCCCCAAAGAUGAACACGAAUUGGCAUUAAUUACAAAAGCUUCGAAUUUGUCUUCAGAUAUUUACGCUAAAUAUUUGAGAGACGAAAUCACAGAAAUUAUUGAUUCAGACAAAAAAGUAAGACAUUCAAAGCUAGCAGACGGUGUGGAACAGGCCAUCGCCAACAAGAAAUACCUCAAAGGUGUCGACCCUUCAAAUGUAGAUCUAUGUUAUACAGCUAUCAUCCAAUCCGGUGGCAAAUAUAAUCUUAAAUUCAGUGCAGUUAGCGAUAAAAAUAAUCUGCAUUUCGGUGCCAUUACCUGUGCAUUGGGUGUCCGUUAUAAGCAGUAUUGUUCUAAUAUAGUGCGAACACUUAUGGUUAAUCCAAACGAUGAACAAAAAAAUUUGUAUGAAUUUCUUGUUGAACUCGAAGAAAGUGUUUUGGAAAAACUUAAGGACGGUAUCCGUUUAAGUGAUGUUUAUCAACACGCCUUAGAUAUUGUCACCAAACGGGAUAAGCAUUUGGUCGAUAAAAUGACCAAAAAUAUAGGUUUUGCGAUGGGUUUAGAGUUUCGCGAGGGCUCUAUGUUAUUGGCGCCGAAGUCUAAUGCAAUUGCGAAGAAAGGGAUGGUUUUUAAUAUAGCCAUUGGUUUUUCUGGUCUUAUUAAUCGUUCGGCCAGUGAUGCCGAGGCUAAAAAUUACGCUUUAUUUCUUGGAGACACUGUUGUUGUCAAUGAAAAUUCUACCGCAACUGUAUUGACACAAAGCAAGAAACGACUUAAGAAUAUAGCGAUUAUUAUUAAAGAUGAUGACGAAGAAUCUGAAGAAGAAGAGAAAAAACCAGAAAUUGUUCCCGAAGAAGAUUAUACUACUCGUGGCAGUCGAAGAACAGCAGUUCUUGAAAAUAAAUUAAGAAAUGAAUCGACUUCUGAAGAAAAACGCAAAAUACAUCAGAAAGAGUUGUCAGAGAGUCUGAAUGAAGCGGCCAGAGCUCGACUCGCAUCCAAAUCUGGAUCUAAAAAGGAAGAAACGUCUCGAAAAUCUAACAUUUCGUAUAAAAAUGUUAAUCAAAUGCCAAAAGAACCAGAAGUAGGAGAUCUUAAGAUAUUUGUCGAUAAGAAGUAUGAAACUGUUAUUUUACCCAUAUUUGGAAUACCAGUGCCCUUCCAUAUAUCAACCAUUAAAAACAUUUCACAAUCAAUUGAAGGCGAUUAUACAUAUUUGAGAGUCAAUUUCUUUCAUCCCGGAGCUACUUUAGCUAGAAAUGAGUCGAAUCUGUUUUCUAAUAAUUUUGAUUCAACAUUCCUUAAAGAAUUGACAUACCGGAGCACUAAUGUUAAAGAGCCGGGAGAGAUAUCAGCCCCCUCUUCAAAUCUAAACACUGCUUUCAGACUUAUUAAAGAAGUUCAGAAAAAGUUUAAAACGAGAGAAGCAGAGGAAAGAGAGAAAGAGGGUAUCGUUAAACAGGACACACUUGUGUUGAGUCAAAAUAAGGCAAAUCCCAAACUAAAGGAUCUGUAUAUCAGACCAAAUAUUAUUACAAAACGAAUUCACGGAACACUUGAGGCGCAUACAAAUGGUUUCAGAUUUACAUCUAUUAGAGGAGAUAAGGUGGACAUCCUCUACAAUAACAUCAAACACGCCUUCUUCCAGCCCUGUGAUGGAGAAAUGCUUAUUCUUCUCCAUUUCACACUUAGGAAUCCAAUUAUGUUUGGAAAGAAGAAACAAUCAGAAGUCCAAUUCUAUACAGAAGUUGGAGAGAUUACCACUGAUUUGGGAAAACAUCAACAUAUGCACGAUAGGGACGAUUUGGCCGCAGAACAGGCAGAAAGAGAAUUAAGACAAAAGCUUAAGACAGCAUUUAAGACAUUUUGCGAUAAAGUCGAACAAAUGACUCGUCAAGAGAUUGAAUUUGACACUCCAUUCAGAGAAUUGGGAUUUCCUGGAGUUCCUAAUCGUAGUACUGUUUUAUUGCAACCAACUUCUGGAUGUCUCGUCAACCUUACAGAAUGGCCACCGUUUGUGAUUACUCUUGAAGAAGUAGAAUUGGUGCACUUCGAGAGAGUUCAGUUUCAUCUUAAAAACUUUGAUAUGAUAUUUGUAUUUAAAGAUUAUCACAGAAAGAUAUCGAUGGUUAAUGCGGUACCAAUGAAUAUGUUGGAUCACGUAAAGGAGUGGCUAAAUUCUUGUGAUAUUCGAUACACAGAAGGCAUACAAUCACUUAAUUGGGCAAAAAUUAUGAAAACCAUUGUCGAUGAUCCCGAAGGAUUCUUCGAUUCCGGAGGUUGGACUUUCUUAGAUCCAGACAGUGAAGCUGAAAAUGCAGACGACUCUGAUAGUGAACAAGACGAUCAAUACAAACCAUCCGGUUCUGAAGAAAGUGUUGAAGAAAGCGAUUCUGAAUUCUCUGAGAAUUCAGAUGUCAGUGAAGAAGAAUCGGAAUCAGAACAAUCUUUAGGUACGAGCGAAGAAAGUGGUAAAGAUUGGUCUGAAUUGGAAGAAGAGGCGGCCGCUGCAGACAAAAAUCACAACGACUUUGUUGAUGAUUACACUCAAAGAAAAAACAAAGGACCGGGAUUUAGAUCAAAACCUCCACCGCCUAAGCACUCGUCUUCACACCAUUCAUCACAUAAGGGAUCAGUUAAACGAAGCAGAGAUCGCAGAGAUGAGGGACGACGAGACAAACAUAAGAAGUUUAGAAAAUAAUAAGUCUUAUGUAUAUUCAUAUG